AUGACUGAGCAAGGAACUUCAACAACUCGUGAUAACACUUUAGAAGGAAGUAUUGAGAAUAUCUUCCGUCUAAUGAAUAAUUAUGAGAAUCUUGUAAUGGAAAUUGAAGCUGAACAAAAAAGAUUUCGUUAUGAAAAUCAACAUUUGAAGGAAAGUCUUGUUGCUAUAAUUGAAGAGAACAAACGAUUAAAAUCAGAAGAACAAGAUGAUCCACUCGGUGCUUUUAAAAACGAUUACAUCAAAGUAGCUGACAACAUUUUUAAUAAUUUAAGGAAUCAAAUUCAAUCAAUUAAUCAGGAGAAGGAAAUGUUUGAAAGGCUAUGGAAGAAAACUGCAACAAUACUCGAGCAAGAAGUUCCUUUAAACUCCAUGACAAAAAUAAAAAGUGAUUAUGAGUUGGAACUGAAACGCGUUAAAGAAGAACUUUUGACAACAACAAACCACAAUGAACAGACCAAUAAAAUCAACGGCGCUCUUCAAGUUAACAUAAAAAAUUUAAUUAAAAAAGUUGACAUGAUGCAAAGUCAAAAUAAGAGUUUGAGUGAAAAGUUGAAAACAUCGGAAGAUGAAAGGAAGGAACUUGAAGCAUGUCUUGAAGACUCAAAUGAACUGAAUAAAGAACAAAUGAAAAAGGCUACAGAAUCCUUGCAGAAGUUACAAGAAACUAUUAAAGUUGCUGAUGAAGCAAUGGCAGAGAUCGACACUCUAAUGAAGGAAAAACAUCAAAUGCAAGAAGAGUGUGACAGUCUCGCUCAUACAAUUGGAUCUGUUAUGGAAUCAGCGUCGGAAAAGAUCAGCAAAGAGAUUGAAGAUCUUAAAUUUCAACAUUUAAAAGACUUGGAUGAUUCCAAGGCCGAGAUGGAAAGAUUGAAGCAAAUGUUGAUGUUGGAAAAAGCCAAAACUGAAAUUGCUGAACAAAAGGCAAAGACACUUGAAGAAAAAUUGAAAUCACUCGACAUGACACAAACUUUUUGUGAUGAAGAUAUAAAGACAGCAAUCCAAACAAUUGAAGAAACAAAUUCAAAAAUCUUAUCAAUGAAACGAGCAAUUGAAGUCGAGAAAGAACAUAACAAAACAUGCAUUGAGGAAAUCCAAAAGUUAAACAAAAUCAUUGAAAAUAAUCACAAAUAUAAAAACAAAUGGAAAGUUCUUUUAAUGGACAUUACGAAAAAGCUUGAAGACAAAAUUAAUCGAUUGGUCGUUGAAAAUCAAGAGUUACGAACGUCGAUCAAAGGUCGAAGGAAAUAA